AUGCGCUCCCGACAACGACUGAGCUGCAUGGGGUUUGUCCGCCGAAAUAGUGGAUACAUCUUCAUGUUCUGCGUCCUCUUCCUCUUCAUGCAAGUUGGUUUCCACAGCGGGCGGAAGCAUAGGCCAAAGGUCGAGCGACCGGUGCUCGUGCCUAACGCACCAGAAAACUGGAUUCCGAGCACUCUACCGUUCACGGACGACAGGAAGAGUGUCAUUGACGAGCACCCUAUCCCGAGGCUCAUGGAAGAGGCGGAGGCGAAGUACAGGAAUAAGCUAGGCAGUCAAAGCAAGACGCUCAAGGCAGCGGUAGCGGAAUACAAGAAGCGGUAUGGGCGGCCACCCCCGAAGGGCUUUGAUGAAUGGUGGAGUUUUGCGCAGAAGUACGAGGUGAAGAUGGUGGAUGAAUACGACGGGCUCAUGUCCGACCUGAAGCCGUUCUGGGACUUGCCCGGCGAGGAAAUUAGACGGCGAGCGGCGCAGGUGGGCGAGCUGCCUUCGAUUGACCUGGUGCGGAUACGGAAUGGAGUUGCGGAUGUCAUCAAUGUGAAGUCGUUCAAGGACAGCGAGGUGAGCGCUCGUGCGCGAGGUUUCAGGAGUAUGAUGGGCAAGUUUUUGAGCAAGUUGCCUGACAUGGAUUUCCCUGUUAAUGCUCUGGCCGAAGGACGUGUGCUAGUGCCUUGGGAGCACCGUACAUAUCCCAAUCUCACAAAGCAAGAUUCUUCUCAAGGCGUCGAGUCGAUGCUGGGUGGUCCAUUCCGGGCAGACUGGGGCGACGACGGGAACGUAUGGGAAGCCUGGCGGCGCACAUGUAGUCCAUCGACGUCGGCACGACGGCUGUUCUCCUCCCUCCGCACACCCUUCAUCGCUCAGAACAAAAAUCACUUUGGGACAAAGGCCGUCUCGCCGGGCUCAGCGUUCAGCUUCGUCGAAACGACAUCCUCAAACACCGACUACUGCCAGAUGCCGCAUGCACACUACCAGCAGGGCCACUUCUUCUCAGACUGGCGCUCUAUACCCGCGCUCUACCCCGUGUUCAGCCCCGCCCGCGCGAAAGGGUUCCUCGACAUCCGUAUUCCGAGCCAUUACUACUAUGGUAGCACACAACGGUACACGUACGGGUGGGACUCGAUCAACUUGGAGCUGAAGGACGUCGACCCGAUGGAGGUGGCCUGGGAGGACAAGAUCGACAAGAUCUUCUGGCGCGGGGCAACAACGGGUGGCGGCAGCCGUCCGCCAGGAUUUGCGCCACAAUACCAGCGACACCGCUUCCUCCGCAUGGCGUCCGACCACUCGAAUACGACACGUGUUGUAACGUUUGCGGACCCACCGUCGUCGACAACGAAGUGGGUCGCGGCGGAGGUGCCCGUGGGGGAGCUCAAUGGGGAGAUCAUGGACGUGGCGUUCGUCAAGGCUGUCUCAGCUUCCGCCUACCCUGGUGGACUUGAAGCACUACGGAGGGACCACCGGUUCGGCGACUCGGUCCCACUUGGGCGUCACUGGGCUUACAAAUACCUUGUUGACCUGGAUGGGAUGAGCUAUAGCGGGCGUUUCCUAGCGUUCCUUGCGAGUGACAGCGUUCCCAUUAAGUCGACCGUCUACGACGAGUUCUUUACUGAUUGGAUUCAACCUUGGGUCCAUUUCAUCCCCCUCUCGACGUCUUACAAGGAAAUUUACAACAUCCAUGCUUAUUUCUCCGGUGCUCCCAAGGCAGCACUCCAGGCCAUCAAUUCGACUGUCGCCAAUUUGCCAGCGGACCAGCGGAUAUCGAUCGAAGGUGACAAACGUCUACGAAGAAUAGCAAGAGCAGGAAAGCGGUGGAAGCAGACCAUAGGUCGUACUUUGGACCUCGAAGCGUACGUAUACCGACUUUGCCUCGAGUGGGCGAGACUAUGGGCCGACGACCGAGAUUCGAUGAAUUUCACGGCCUGA